AUGGUUUUCAAAACUCUGCUCUUCCUCUUCUUCGCCAUUAUGUUAGUUACUACAAAGGUUAUAGCUGAUGAGUCUGAGAACGAUAAGGCCAAGAAGCUUGAGGUUUACGAUGAGGAGAAAAUUCAUAUGAAUAUCAUGCCAAGUGAGAUCCACCUGACCUCGAAGAAGGGCUCCAAACCACCAAAGAAGAAACCGCCCUCCAAGCCUACGCCAUCUAAGUCUCCAUCACCUAAGUCUCCAUCGCCAUCGCCACCCAAGUCUCCACCGCCAUCGCCACUCAAGUCGCCACCGCCAUCGCCAUCCAAGUCGCCGCCGCCAAAUUCCCCACCUUCCAAAUCACCACCACCAUCGCCCUCGAAGUCGCCGCCACCGAAUUUCCCGCCUCCCAAGUCACCGCCGCCGAAUACCCCGCCUCCAAAGUCACCGCCGCCGCCGAAUGCACCGCCACCUAACGCCCUUCCGCCCAAGUCGCCGCCCCCGAACGCACCGCCACCUAAGUCGCCACCCCCGAACACGCCUCCACCCAAGUCGCCGCCCCCGAACGCGCCUCCACCUAAGUCACCGCCCCCGAACACGCCGCCACCUAAGUCGCUGCCCCCGAACACGCCGCCACCUAAGUCGCUGCCCCCAAAUACUCCGCCACCCAAGUCCCCGCCGCCAAAUACUCCACCACGCAAGUCACCACCGCUGAAUGCUCCAUGGUCUUCAUCUCAGUCACCAGACGCUCCGUCGCGCAAUUCUCCACCGUCAAAUGCGCCGAAUGCUUCCAAGUCUUCAUCUCCACCGCCGAAUGCUCCCAGUUCUUCACCUCCACCGCCAAAUGCUCUGUCGAAUUCUCCACCACCGGAUGCUCCUUCGUUUGGGUCCUCGUCGCCCAAUUCUCCUCCACCAGAUGAUCCAAUGCUUGGGCCACCGUCACUAGAUUCUCCUCCGCCACCGGACGUGACACCAUCCUCACCUGAUGACUUCCCACCACCAGAUACUGACACACCAGAUCCUGACGCACCAGAAACCCCAUCUUCAGAAGAGCCACCACCACGGGAGGAGCCCGGCAAUAAUAAUCCACCUCCAGACGUGACCUUACCGACUCCAACCACUCCAACAAUCUAUAAUCCUGGUGUCCAGCCAUGGCCACCCAACUUUGGACCACCACCAACUCAAUACGAUUUCCCUGAUACAAAUUAUUGCAGUAGGACGUGCAAUCAGAGAUGUUUGAUUCGUCGAAAUCAAAAAUGGCUCAGCCACACAGAAUCACAAUCCUUAAGACUAAAAAACUCUGCGUCUUUGCAUUUCUACACCGUCGCUUCUACCUCUGCCUCUCUACGUCGUCUCAUCUGUCUUGCCUGUACCUCUGCCCCUCUAGUGUACGCGUCACCAUCAUCCGCCUCCGACCACAAUCAUCAAGCCGCCCACCGCCUCGGAGUUGCGAGGAAGGAGAGGGAGAGUUGGCUGGAUCUGAAGAAGGAACAGUUGACUAGAUCUUUCAAUCAGUUGAAGAAGGAGAGUUGACCGGAUUUUUCAAUCAGUUAGAUCCUUGAAGAUCGACUAGUUCACUAAGAUGGUGAGCCUUUCAGUUUCUUUUUGGAGAGUGAGAUCGACACUUGAUGCACGUCCAGUCGCGCUUCAUCGGAGCCAGAUGUGACGAACGGGAAAAAAGCCCGAAAAACUAGCAUGACAUGCCCAGUUUCUGCUGGUUCGGGCUUUUAAAGGUCUUAGAAAUUCUUACGGCUGAGACCGACCCGUCUGCACACUUGCCGGUCCGGGCUUGGGCCUUGAUAUUUGGGUGCCGGUUUGGGUAGGGAAUGUACCACAACAUUGAUCUAACAACUUACGAAAUUCUUGGGAAGAUCUUCACUGAGGUCUUCAACAUGGCCACGAGAGCGAAACCGAAGUGCGCCCCUUGUGUAGUAACAAAUUUUUUGUCUUUCUAUUGGAGGUUUGUAAUAUUACUAAUAAUGUGUAGUACUUACGCAGUGAAAGAUAUGCAUUUGGAUCAAUUCAUAUGCAUUUGGUAGUUUGGUCAACACUCCAGUCUCCAGGUCUUUCAAUCAAAUCGUUGGCAACGAAUGAUCUUAUGAGAUAUCAGCGCUGAUCUCCUGGUCAGCUAUCAGCACCGUAUGAGAUAUUUGUUCUGACUUU